UGCACAGAUUGGAUAUUUAAGAAGAAGACCUGACUUUAGUGCAUUUCGUCUCCUACUGGAGCACCUUUUGGUUGCGUACAGAGAGGAUGUUUUUGUAUGCUCUCCUACCUGGAGCAAGUAAAAUCUGAGCUUUUAUAUAUAUGUAUAAAUCUAAAAUGGUAAAUGGUAUAAAUCUAUAUAGAUAUCUAUAUAGAUAGAUUGUAUAUAUCUACAUAGAUAGAUAUAUACAAAAACGUUUUAAGAACUGGUCUGAUGCAGUUUUCCACCCCAUAAGUACGAAAAAAUUUCUUAUUACCUUAAGAGACUACCAUUGGAAUAUACGCUUCCUGCUUCAUAAGUGGACUUAAAAGCGCGCACCACCUGUGUCAUCAUCAAGAGACAAUUUGGUGCAGGCAGGAAUUGUAACUGUGCCUUCGUUUGCUGCGCUCCUUGGUCUCUUUUUGUUGUUUUAGUCUAUCCUCAAUACAAUCCUUAUCAAAAGGUGCUGACAGCGCAACAUUCAACCUUCCUCAUCAGAUAAGUGCGAAACGUUUUAGUUUUGCGCGCAGAGUGGACGCUUAAGCUCAAGGCGACGCGAGUGCACGGACAUCAGGGUCUGUCAAGUCGAAAUUGACUAUAAAGAAAAAGAAGAAACAAGUAGGAGUCAAAUCCAGCCAUCAACAUGACGGACGGUCCAAGACAAAGGAGCAGCACGGCGGGUUCUGCCAAGGAUGCGGCUUCUGAGAAGGAGUCUGGAGGAGUUGCGCUCAAGAAGGAGAUCGGGCUUGUGAGCGCUUGUGGUAUUAUUGUGGGUAAUAUUAUUGGUUCAGGUAUCUUCGUCAGUCCAAAGGGAGUGAUGGAGAAUGCCAGCUCUGUGGGGGUGGCACUGAUUGUCUGGAUCAUCACCGGCAUCAUCACUGCCAUCGGGGCGCUGUGCUACGCAGAGCUGGGCGUCACCAUCCCAAAAUCAGGAGGAGACUAUUCCUACGUGAAAGACAUCUUCGGUGGACUGGCGGGGUUCCUGCGACUGUGGAUUGCCGUGUUGGUUAUCUACCCAACCAAUCAGGCCGUAAUUGCCUUGACUUUCUCCAACUACGUACUCCAGCCUCUGUUUCCCACCUGCUUUCCACCAGAGAAUGGCCUCCGGCUGUUAGCUGCCGUCUGUCUCUUGCUGCUGACGUGGGUUAACUGCUCCAGUGUAAGGUGGGCCACCAGAGUGCAGGACAUCUUUACUGCUGGCAAGCUGUUGGCCCUCGCCCUCAUCAUCAUCAUGGGCAUUGUGCAGAUCUGCAAGGGAGACUACUAUUGGUUGGAGCCUGCCAAUGCCUUUGAGCCCUUCCAGGAAUAUGAUGUGGGAUUGAUAGCCUUAGCUUUCCUCCAAGGCUCCUUCGCCUAUGGAGGCUGGAACUUCCUCAACUACGUCACAGAGGAGCUGGUGGAUCCCUACGUAAACCUUCCACGUGCCAUCUUCAUCUCCAUCCCCCUUGUGACCUUUGUUUACGUCUUUGCCAACAUCGCCUACGUCACAGCCAUGAGCCCACAGGAGCUGCUUGCCUCAAACGCUGUUGCUGUGACGUUUGGUGAGAAGCUGCUAGGUGUCAUGGCAUGGAUUAUGCCCAUCUCUGUGGCUCUCUCAACCUUCGGGGGAGUGAAUGGUUCCCUCUUCACCUCUUCACGAUUGUUCUUUGCUGGAGCCAGAGAGGGCCACCUCCCCAGUCUGCUGGCUAUGAUUCAUGUGAAACGCUGCACUCCCAUCCCUGCUCUGCUCUUCACUUGCCUUUCAACCCUACUUAUGCUGUGCACCAGCGACAUGUACACUCUUAUCAAUUAUGUGGGCUUCAUCAACUACCUCUUUUAUGGCGUCACUGUCGCCGGGCAGAUCGUCCUGCGGAUUAAACAGCCCGACAUGCACCGACCGAUCAAGAUCAGCUUGAUAUGGCCGGUUAUUUACCUCAUCUUCUGGGCCUUCCUCCUCAUCUUCUCCCUCUACUCAGAGCCCGUGGUGUGUGGCAUCGGCCUCGCCAUCAUGCUGACUGGUGUCCCGGUCUAUUUUCUGGGAGUCUACUGGGAAAACAAGCCAAAGUGCAUUGGUGCUUUUGUUGAUAAAAUGACAUACUUGGGCCAGAAGAUGUGUGUGGUUGUUUAUCCAGCUGAAAGUGGUGGCAGCAGCGGGAGCGGAGAGGGAGAAGAGUUGAAGGAGGCCAGAUCUCCUUUGUCACAGGAGGGAGACAACCACACAUCAGCAGACUGUUGAAGUUCACAGUUUUUUUUUUUAUUUUUAAAUCA